AUGCACCGCUCCCGAGGUGCUGCUCGAUCUUCGAGCAAGAGCCCCUCCGAAUCCUCAACGUCGAGCUCACCGGAGCGCGCUGCCGACGAUGAUACCGAUUUCUUUGCCCAAGCGAAUGAUUCCCAGUCUUCUAUUGGGAUAGCGACAUAUCGUGGACAAAACGGUAGCAAUGAGCCGGAUAUCAUUAUACCCCCGAUCGGGCGUCUCCCCCCGGAAAUACUCAUUUCAAUAUUCUCAAAACUCAGCUCGUCUGCGGACAUGCUCCACUGCAUGCUAGUGUGUCGAAAAUGGGCUGCCAAUUGUGUCGGCAUCCUUUGGCAUCGACCAUUGUGCAACCGUUUGGACAACCUGAUGCGCAUCGUGAAUUCUGUUCGCAAAAACAAUAGCUUCUUCCCAUAUUCAGAGUUAAUUAGGCGUCUUAAUCUAACCGCUCUGGCGAGCAAAGUUACCGACGCUGAAUUGUUGUCAUUUGCAGAGUGCAAACGGGUUGAUCGCUUGACUUUAACGAACUGCUUCAAGUUAACAGACAGAGGCGUAUCGGAAAUAGUGGAGGGCAAUCGGCAUCUCCAAGCUCUGGAUGUCUCCGAUCUCCGGUCUUUGACGGACAACUUUUUGUACAUAGUAGCCAAGAACUGUCCCCGUCUACAAGGGUUGAAUAUUACCGGUUGCACCAAAAUAACCGAUGAGUCACUGGUGGUUAUAUCGCAGAGCUGCAAACAUCUAAAAAGACUCAAAUUGAACGGCGUGACUCAGGUCACGGACAGGCAGAUUACAAGUCGAUCGGUGACAGCUCUAUUGUCCUUUUUGCGUAACAUGAGAGAAGUAUGUUUGGCUCAUUGCGUUGAGAUUGAUGAUUCGGCCUUUCUUAAACUUCCUCCGAAUUCCUUGUUUGAAACCCUACGCGUAUUGGAUCUCACAGCCUGUGAACGCAUAAGAGACGAUGCUAUUGAGCGCAUCACUGACACGGCUCCUCGAUUACGGCAUCUUGUCCUCAACAAGUAUGCCAGCGUUCAACAACUGGCAACCCUACCAAAGUUGAAACGAAUAGGCUUGGUUAAGUGUCAAGCAAUCACUGAUUGGAGUAUUUUGGCUCUUGCUCGUUCGAGAGCAGCGCCACACCAUAUUGGUUCAAGCUGCCUGGAACGAGUACAUCUCAGUUACUGUGUGAAUCUAACCAUGGAAGGAAUUCACGCACUUCUCAAUUAUUGCCCGCGUUUGACCCAUCUCAGUCUCACUGGGGUCCAGGCAUUCUUACACGAAGACCUAACCGCUUUUUGCCGAGAUGCACCUUCUGAGUUUACUCAGCAGCAACGCGAGGUCUUUUGCGUCUUUAGCGGAGACGGUGUCGUGAAACUACGCGACUAUUUGAACAGGAACGCUGUGCCUUACCCCCCGGAAACAGAAGCCACGAUGUAUGACGAUGAAGAUGAGCUUGAUGAAGAAGAGAACCAGGUCGCUGGGUUGAUGAGUGCGACAGUUAUUCGCGAUGAUGACGAUGAAAUGGGUGACGAUGGCAUUAUCGAAGUCGGCCCUCCUCACGGUUAA